CGGGUUUUGUCCCAGGCACCAGGAACUGGUCAUUUCUUCUCUGGCACCGAGCUAGAGGGUUCUUGGUGGACUGUCCUACCAGCUUCUCGACAUGGCUCUCAAGGAGGGACUCAGGACCUGGAAGAGAAUCUUCUGGCAGCUGAUCCUACUUGGGUUUGGCCUCUCAGGGCUGCUCCUGUAUGGGCUCCCUAUAGUCAGGCAUCUGGAAGUCCUCAUCCCCAUGGGUGUCUGCCCUUCUGCCAGAAUGGCCAUGCUGAGAGACAACUUCACGGGUCUCCUGCGUCUCUGGGCCCGGCCUGAUGUUCUGACCUGUACCUCCUGGGGGGCUCCCAUUAUUUGGGAUGGCACCUUCGACCCAGCUGUGGCCCAGCAAGAGGCUCUACAGCAGAACCUCACCAUUGGUUUGACUGUCUUUGCUGUAGGCAGGUACCUGGAGAAGUACCUGGCGCGCUUCCUGGAGACGGCGGAGCAGCACUUCAUGGUGGGCCAGCGCGUGGUGUACUACGUGUUCACCGAGCUCCCGGCCGCCGUGCCCCGCGUGGCGCUGGGCCCGGGCCGCGGGCUGCGCGUGGAGCGCGUGGCCCGCGAGCGGCGCUGGCAGGACGUGUCCAUGCAGCGCAUGCGCACGCUGCACGAGGCGCUGCACGGCCGGCUGGGCCGCGAGGCGCACUUCGUGUUCUGCAUGGACGUGGACCAGCACUUCCGCAGCUCCUUCGGGCCCGAGGCGCUGGCCGAGUCGGUGGCGCAGCUGCACGCCUGGCACUACCACAGGCCGCGGUGGCUGCUGCCCUACGAGCGGGACGCGCGCUCGGCCGCCGCGGUGGCGCCGGGCGAGGGCGACUUCUACUACCACGCGGCGGUGUUCGGGGGCAGCGUGGCGGCGCUGCGCGGGCUGACGGAGCACUGCGCGCGGGCCCUGCAGCGGGACCGCGAGCGCGGCCUGGAGGCGCGCUGGCACGACGAGAGCCACCUCAACAAGUUCUUCUGGUUGCACAAGCCCGCCAAGGUGCUGUCCCCCGAGUUCUGCUGGAGCCCCGACAUCGGCUGGCGGGCCGAGAUCCGUCGGCCGCGCCUGCUGUGGGCGCCCAAGGAGUACGCCCUGGUGCGCGACUAGGCCCUGCUGGGGCUCCUGCCGCCCCAGCCAGAGCUUGGACGGAAGUGGCUCUAACGUUGUGGCCUGUGCCUUUGGGGCCCCUCUCGCCGGGAGGGAAAGAUCCCCCGUCAGCAGCGACCGAUGUAGCAGGAGGGCGGGGCGCCUCUGCCAGGCUGCUGAUAGACCUUUUCACAGCUCUGGCCCUCCUGGAUUCGGCCGAUGCCUCCUGAAGAGCUGUUUUAACCCCCAUCACCCACCGCCACCCCUUCUUAGUAAGGAGACUGAGGCACAAAAGGAAACAUAACUACCCAAGGACACAGAGAAUCUACGAGUCGGUGUGGGCAGCAGCAGCAGAGCCAGGGCUGGCCUUCGAACUCUGAAAACAGAGUAGCUUCUGGGCAAACAGGAGAAUGCCUCUGCUGCAGGAGAAACUUGGUGGUCCUUGGCUUUUGCCCUUCCAUCUCCCUCGAC